UCUACAAAUCGGUACUACCUUACUUGUGUCCCUCACCGUCCCACUUGAACGGAAAACUUUCGUUCUAUCAUCCUCGCCGGCUCCACCAUGGCUCAGCAACGAAUGGCUCUCUGGGCAGCUGAGGAGAUAAAUGAAGAGUUACAUGAUGUCGAUGUCAAUCUUGCGAUUGGAAACUAUGGACAGAGUGGAUCCUACGACGAUGCUCAGUCGCGCAUCAAUGAAGUCGCGCUCUUAGCUGUACAGCAGCAGAUGGCUCAACAAGCUGCCUUUGCUCAGAUUCCCGAUGUGGUUAAGCGAUUUAUUGUGCAUUUCCAUCAAGCCGUGCUCGAGAACAAUUUGGCUGAAAUCACGGUUGCCUACGACAGCGGGUGGAAUCGUUUGACAGAGAAAUACUAUGCUAAGACAGAGUGGCCGGAGGCAGAGGUUAUUGCACCGCUCGUCAAUGAUGAUCAGCUCUUCCUCAUCCUCUACCGCGAACUCUACUACCGCCACGUUUAUUCACGCCUUCAGCCAAAUAUCGACGAUCGCUUCCACUCGUACGAGAAUAGCUGUGAACUUUUCAAUUACCUCCUUAACUCCGACGGCCCUGUCACACUCGAGUUGCCAGAGCAAUGGCUAUGGGACAUUGUUGACGAGUUCAUUUAUCAGUUUCAGUCGUUUUGUGUAUGGACGGCGAAGGUCAAAACGAAGAGCGACGAAGAACUCCUGAUGUUGGCAGAUGGCGGCCAGGUUUGGAGUGCAUACAGCGUCUUGAACGUGCUGUACUCGCUCAUCCAAAAAUCCAAAAUCAAUGAGUACAUCGUCGCGCAGCAGCAAGGCAAAACCGAGGAAGAGCUUGCUGAGAUCGUCGGCGAAUACGGCGUUCGCCCGUUAUAUCGCAUGCUCGGUUUCUUCAGCUUGAUCGGUCUACUACGCGUUCAUGUCCUUCUCGGCGACUUCACCUUAGCUUUGAAGGUGGCGGAGAAUGUCGAGCUCAACCAAAAGACGCCAUUCACUCGCGUGACAGCUUGCCAUGUCACCACAUACUACUAUGUUGGUUUCUGCUACAUCAUGCUGCGGCGGUACCCCGACGCCAUCCGCACGUUCGUCUCUAUUCUGAACUUCAUCCUUCGGAUGAGACAAUACCACACACGAAGCUACCAGUACGAUCAGAUCAACAAGACUGUCGACCGGAUGUAUGCGCUUUUUGCGAUCUGCAACGCGCUCUCGCCCAGCCGUCUUGACGACAACAUCGCCAACAUCGUCAAGGACCGCUACGGCGAUCAAUUCACAAAAAUGUCCCGGGGCGAGGAGGGCAUCCCCGCCUUUGAAGAACUCUUCAGCCACGCCUGCCCCAAGUUCAUCUCCGCCAACGCGCCCCCAUACGAAGACCCAAGCCAGCUCGCAGCGUACGUCGAGUCGGCCCCAGUCGAGCCGCAGCAGCGACAUAUCGCGCUCUUCCUCGCCGACGUGCGCGCGCAGGCGGCUGUCCCGACGCUGCGCAGCUUCCUCAAGCUCUACACGUCGCUCGACGCGAGCAAGCUCGCAGGCUUCCUCGACGCCGACGAGGAGGAGAUGGUGCAGCAGAUGAUGGCCGUCAAGGCUGCCAGCCGGUGCGUCAGCCGCGUCGGCAACGAGAAGGGUCUGCUCGAGGGCCAAAUGAUCUCCACGAGCGAUCUUGACUUUGUCAUCAACGAGAACAUGGUGCACAUAUGCGAGUCCACCGUAGGCCGCCGCUUCGCAGGCUGGUUCAUCCGCAACACCGAGCACGCCCAGCGCGUCCUCGACGGCCUGCGCAACAGCCCGCUACCGAUCGCGCCCAAGGCGCCCGCCGCCCAAAACGGCGUGCAAGAGGCCGACGCCGCGAAGGCCGCAAAACCUGCCCAGGCCCAAAAGAAAGUCGCGUGGGGGGCGUCCAAGGCCAGCGCUUGAUACGAUUAUUGUAUUGCGAGAUAUGUGACUUUGAGCGUACGCGUGCAAUGAUAGGCUGUUGUUUCGAGACCUGUGACGAUCCUGAGAGCGAUCGGGAGCUGCUGGGGACGUCAAAGUGCCUUUUAUCUAUCCAUUGUUUUCUUGCAUGUUUCAAUAUCAGGCUCAAAUCUACCGGGCUCCCUUCCCGUUCGUGUC